CUAUAACUCGUCUAUGUGUCCAAUACCAAGGCGAAGACGAGUUUUGAAAUUGGUGGAUUUUCAGCGGGACUUGGUUUUUUCCCGAGCCGUGGUUUUCACACACGUCAUGUAGAUAGUAAUUUAUUAUCUCUAUAUCUACACAUCUGUGGGUAUUUAAUUUCUUUGGCUCGAGCACAUGUGUUUGAACAACUUUACUGAUAAACGAUUUUCUCUUCCAUAUUAUUGCGUUGCGCAGUAAAACAGAAACGUGCCGGGUUACCGAACGUCGAACACGCAGUUCUCAGAGUUUUUGCGUUUCCAAAGUCACAUGGUUUUUUGAUGAAAAUAAUAUUUUAGUUUUUAAUUUUUAACCAGUUUUAGGUGCUCGCUGUCGUUUUCUCUCGUGAUAUAUUUUUUUGACGUGUCGGUACACCAUAGAUAGUGUGCUUGCAAUACUAAUCGAUGACCCUAUUCAACUAUAGUAAGUAACUAGGUACUACUAAAGAAAAACACUUGAGCAUCUUGGCUUACGAUUGUCUGUCGUCGAAAUCUAGUAUGCCAUUUUUGCAAUCGUUUUUUCAUUAAACGAUUUGCUCAACAACAUAACUAAGUUGUUGCAAUGACAGUUUGAAAAAUGUCAGAGUAAAGUCGUGUUUAUCCGUCAUUGCGGAUCAAUUCGUAUUUUUUUAAAUGACUACCAGUAUGAGUCAAAUAAUCGUACCAUCGUCAGUGCCUUCAGUUGCCAUGUCUGCCAAAAGCGUGUGCAAUAAGGAAAAUAUACGCUCAAAAAAAUAUGUGCCCACAUCCGAGGAUAUUGAUGUAAACAAACAUGAUGUCCAAUGUCAAUCUCCAGAGCCUAGUGAGGACAAACCACUUCAAGAACUGAACAAAUGUGACGAGAGCAGUGAAAACAGUAGCAAUGAUAAAAAAAAAUUUGUGGAGGCUCCACUUCCAAAAACCAACCCUUGGACGGCAAAUAUAAGUGUAGCACAUGUUCGUCCAAAAGAAUCAGCCAAAGAAAAGGACCCGAUUGUUGGGGAAAAAAGAGUCUUGCUACCUCAGCAACAAAGCAGUUGUGAUAUGUCAAGCAGCAAAGCCCUAAGUAGCAGCAAAUUCACCAAGAUUAAAAAAAACAAAGAAUUAAAUGGUAUUGAAGCUUGGCCUUCCCUAGGGAAUGCCCAGGGCUCAGACAAAAAAUGUAUAUCACAGAGUGAAAAUACAUCACCGAAUAUUCAGUCACAAUUGUCAAAAAUUAAUAAUUCUGUAGUUGCAAAAGAUGCCCAGACUUCUACUAAUGAGGUGACAGCUAAAAAGUCUUGUCAAAAGAUAAAUGGUGUGAAAAAAAAUGAAACAAACAAUGAUUCCCCAAAUAUUAAUGAACAAGAAAAUGGUACUAAUUCUGGUCAUUCAUCAUCCAAUGAAUCAAAUAAUAUUGAUAAACGAAAAAAAGUUAAACAUUCUAAAUGGACACCUCUUGAUAUUGAAAUAUCUAAAGAAAACAGCUAUAGGAGCAGACUUUCAAAAUAUCGUAGAGAUCGAUCUGGUGGUCGAGACAAAAGUAAUAAUCAAAUUAGAAAUAAAAAUAGUCGCAAGGUUUCUGAUUUGUCAGAUAAUACUAUCUCAGAUUCUGACAAACGUGAUGGAGGUCCAAUGCGCUAUAUGCGACACCAACGAUCUCGCAAUAGGCUUCAAGAUGAAGAACCUAAGACUAACUCCCAAAAAUCAUCAGAUGGAAAAAAUGCUAGUUAUAAUUUUAAAGGAAGUGAUGUUUUGUACUCAGGUCCAUCCCGUUUGAAUUAUACCCAACCUUAUUGUGAAUUAGUUCCAUUUAUGACUUAUCCAGUGAUAAAUGAACAGACUGUGAUUAAUCUUCUUAAGCAACAAAUAUCUUACUAUUUUUCAACAGAUAAUCUUUGUAAAGAUACAUUCUUCAGGUUUCACAUGGAUGAACAGGGUUAUGUUCCCGUAACAUUUAUUGCAUCUUUUAAACGUGUGAGAGAACUUAGUCAAGAUAUUAGCCUCGUUAUGAAAGCAAUGAUUGAUAUGGAAGAAUUAGAACUUAGUAGUCACAUGGUAAGAUGCCGAACUGAUCCAACCAAGUGGCCACUUAAAGAAAUACCUCAACAAUUUUUAUUUAAAAAUAAUUUAAAUGCACAACAUCCAUUAUUUGCUCAUCCCAUGGGACCGCCUACUAUUGUUCCACUUAUUUCUCCAGACUUAAUGGUCAAAAAUCUACCUGCCCCUCCUCCUCCGCCAAGCAUACACAUAGUUUCUGAUCCUCAAGCUGCCAUGAAUCUUAACCCUGAUGUCCCAGAAUUCGUUCCAAGGAAUGGCCCCAUAGAAUCGAAGACUGAAGAGAACUGUGAUACUAAUGACUGUGAACAAACAAAAAUAAAUGAUACUCCUUUUACUGGUAGUGGUGAAGUUAUUGAUACAUCCAAAACAUCCAAUGGUCAACAUUUAAAAAUUGCUAAUUUAAAGUCUGAUACAAUUAAAGAAGAAAACACUGACAAAAAAAGUGUAUCUGUUGAAGUUUUAGAUGAUAAAGAAUCAUGGAAAGAAGUAAAAAGACGCUCAAAGCCUAGAAACAGUAAUUCUGUCUCAGAAACCCUAAAUGUAGCAUCAAAUUUACCUAAACGUAAUUAUCCGGAGAAUCAAAAUGAUACCCAUGCAUCAAAUUCAUGGGAUCUUGGAUUUCAGUUUGAUGAAGAUCUUGCUGUUGUGCCACGUGGAAAAAUAAACAAAUUUAAUGAAGAUCCAAUUGGUUCGGAUACUGAUGAAUCCGAUUAUGGAGAUAAAGAUGAUUUUGAUGAUAAAGAUAUUGACAAACUCAUGAUAAUUACACAAAAAAUGAUAAGUCGCCCUCAAAAGAUUGAAGAUCGAUCUCAUGAUAAAACAACACGUGUUAAAAUGACUCAAGAUUUAGAACAUGCUAUUGACUUAGGUUUAAGAUUAUAUGAAGAAGACUUAUGGCAUACAAAUUCUACGAAUCAAACAUCAUCUUACAAGACUGUAAAUGUUGUUACUCAAGAGGUUUUUGAAAGGCUUGUACCAAAAGCUCCAAAGAAAGUCAAUCAAGUUCCUCCACCACCACCACCAUCUUUGAAUGUUGAUAAUUUAACUGAAAUAAUGGAAUCUACUGAAAGAAAAGAAAUUGAAAAUAAACAAUUAAAAACUCAAACUGCAACACAAACUAAGACUAAAGUGAAAUUUGACCUGCAAAAGCCAAAUCGUCGUCACUUCUAUGGAGAUAUUGAUGAAUCUGGACAUAGAAAACGAAGCCGUUUUAAUGUGGAUAGUGAACAUCAUGUAGGUUGGGUGUUAGAUUCUCGUGCCCAUACUAGACCUCGUACAACAUCAUUUGGUAGUGGGACAUUAGGAACUAGUCCUAGUCCAAGUGAAGGUUUUCUAUCUAGCACACCUCAAUCAUUGCCAACUUUUCAUCAUCCUUCUCAUGCAUUGCUCAUGGAAAAUAAUUUUACUCAACAAGCAUACCAUAAAUAUCAUUCACGUUGUUUAAAAGAGAGAUCUAGACUUGGACCAGGAAUGUCUCAAGAAAUGAAUACAUUAUAUAGAUUCUGGUCAUUUUUCUUGCGUGACAAUUUUAAUAAGAACAUGUAUAAAGAAUUUCAAUCUUUGGCUGUUGAUGAUUCAAAUAAUGGUUUCAGAUAUGGGUUGGAAUGCUUGUUUCGUUACUAUAGCUAUGGUCUUGAAAGGAAAUUCCGACCAGAAUUAUAUAAAGAUUUCCAAGCAGAAACUAUAAGAGAUCAUGAAAAUGGUCAACUUUACGGAUUAGAAAAAUUCUGGGCGUUUUUGGAGUAUUACAAAUAUAGUAAAACGCUUCAAGUAGAUCCCAAGUUAAAGCAAUUCUUGAGUAAAUUUAAAACGAUUGAAGAUUUCCGGAAAGCAGAAGAGCAAUUACCUAAAAGUGAAGGCUAUUUGGAUGCAUCUAUGCGAAAAAUGGCGCGUAUGAAACGCCAUCGUAGUUACUCUGAAAAUUCUACUCUUGAUACCUUAAAAAUUGCAUCAGAUGUUAUAAAGCCAUUAAAUAUUACUUCUACUGUUCCAUCAAAUAAUGAUGAAAAUUGGCGUAAAAACUCUGUAUUACCCCGAAGAAGAUAUUUAUCUGUUGGUGAGAAAUCAGGAGAUUCUAAAGGACCUAGAAUUACAAAAGUAACAUUUGAAUUAAAUAAAAAAGGAUCAUCAACAAUUGAAGAAAACUCUACUGAGACACCAAAACAAAAGUAAUGCCCAAAAUCAUUGAAAAAAUCAUGUUAUUUUAUUAACAUUUAUAGAAUGAAUACUUAGUAAAAACACAAAAAAAAAAUUUAAUUUUGGACAUUUUAAAUAUUUU